UAAAAUUAAAUCCUAACAGAAAUACCGAUUUGUUAAACCCUACCAAAACCCUUGGCUUUGAGGCAGAGAGAAUUUACUCUGACGAAAAUGAAUUCUAGCCGCUCGAUAUCCGCCGGCACUUGGCUGGUGAGGAAGCUUUGCACGGCGGUUGAGGCUGCGACGGAGUCGGCGCGGAGUCAGCCUGGAAAUCCCAAUAGGCUGUACCGGAGGCUAUCGGCUUUGGGAGCCACCGGAGGCAGCGUGGCAAAGACGUUAAAUCAGUACAUUAUGGAGGGCAGAAUGUUGAAGAAGUACGAGCUCGAGAGAUGCAUCAAGGAGCUCCGCAAGUACCGCAAGUUCCAGCAUGCCUUAGAGAUAAUGGAAUGGAUGGAGUUUAGGAAAAUGAAUUACUCGAGAGCUGACUUUGCCAUACGUUUGGAUCUUACGUCCAAAGUGAAAGGGAUAGAGGCAGCUGAGGAUUACUUCAGCGGCCUAUCCCCGUCUUUAAAGGAUCGAUUUACUUACGGAGCCCUUUUGAACUGUUAUUGCAAGGAACUGAUGGAAGAAAAGGCAUUGGCUCUUUAUGAGACGAUGGAUGAGUUGGAGUUUGCUUCCUCUUCUUUGGUCUUUAACAAUCUCAUGUCUAUGCAUAUGAGAAAGCAGCAACCAGAGAAAGUGGCUCCUUUAGUGCAAGAAAUGAAGCAGAGGAACAUCCCUCUGGACACAUUUACGUAUAACAUCUGGAUGCAGAGCUUUGCGUCUUUAAACGAUUUUGAAGGAGUAGAAAGAGUCCUGGACGAGAUGCGAAAACAAGAUGGAAACCAAUGCAGUUGGUCAACGUAUAGUAACCUGGCUGCGAUUUAUGUAAAGGCUAAGAUUUUUGACAAGGCUGAGCUAGCCCUUAAAAAGUCGGAGGAAAUGAUGAAACCCCUGAAGCAGCGCCAUACAUACCAUUUCUUGAUUAGCCUCUAUGGCUGCACUUCUAAUCUAGGUGAGGUCAAAAGGGUAUGGGAAUCGCUCAAGGAAGCUUUCCCAGCAACCAACAAUAUGAGCUAUCUUCUCAUGCUUCAGGCCCUCUGUAAGCUAAACGAUAUUGAGGGCUUGAAAGAAUGUUUUGAGGAAUGGGAGUGCAAAUGCUCCAGUUAUGAUAUGCGACUGGCAAAUACUGCUAUACGUGGUUACCUCAGUCAGGACAUGUAUGAAGAAGCAGCAUUGGUCUUUGCAGAUGCCUGUAAGAGGACUAAAGGGCCUUUCUUUAAGGCUCGGGAAAUGUUCAUGGUUUACUUCUUGAAAAACUGUCAGGUGGAUUUGGCUGUUAGCUAUUUGGGAGCGGCUGUUUCAGAAUCCGUGGAUGAGGAAUGGCGUCCAUCCCCAGAUACCACAAGUACAUUUUUUAAGUAUUUUGAAGAAAAGAAAGAUGUUGAAAGUGCUGAGAACUUUUGCAAGAUUCUGAAGCGUCUAAAUUGCCUCAGUUCCAAUGAGUAUUAUUUGUUGCUUAAGACUUACAUAGCUGCCGGAAAAUUGGAUCCUGAGAUGCGUCAAAGAUUGAAGGAAGAAGAUAUUGAAAUAAGCCCCGAGCUUGAGAGUUUGCUUGAAAGGGUUUCCCCUGAGUAGAUUAACUGCAUUGAACAGGCCCCUAUGAUUUUAACGCAUUUUCACUUCUUUAAAUUAUACAUUGGAAUCUUUAACUUUAGUGUUCUUUAAGAGUGCAUAUACCUUAUGAUUGCAUAAGUUGGGGCACCUAGGUUGGGACAACGUCUUUUCUUUGAUGCGGCUACUGUCGUAUCAAUAUGCAAGUAUGCAGGUAUGCAUAUUUUUCUUCGAUAGGCAUGCUUUUGCUUUUAACUCUAAGCAUGACAAUCGAUGUUUCCAAUGCCACAUUUGCAGUACAUUUUGCAUGUACAGAUAUAUUCAGCUUUUGUUAGAGAUGAAGUCUCUUCUCCUUUUAUCCCUCUACCCUUGUGCAUGUGCAUGAAGUUUGAGUAUGCUGAUAUCAUUGUCUGAAUUUAAUCUUACCUGUGUGGUUGUGUGACCUAUAUUGAAGUCAUGGUACUUAAUUGAUCAACUUUUAUUUGUUUCGCGGUAACAAGUUCUGUUUUAAUUGGACUUUUGUAGGCUGUAAGGAUCCCUGGAUCUGUUGCUGCAUCUCACCCCUUGAGGGAGCUGUAUUUGUCGACUAUUAUUAUUUGUAAAAUGUAUUAUCAUAAUUACUUCGUUCCUUAAUGAUUUCAGAUUCUUUGUUUUAAA